AUGGCGUACUGGUUAGUGUGGCUGCUGUCGACCCUCUCUGUGGGGGUUAACCCGGUAUUCAUCACCGCCUGUUCAGAUCAGGAGUUCACCUGCAGUCACACAGGUUUGUGUGUGGGUCAGGACUCUGUGUGUGACUUCACUGACGACUGUGGAGACGGCAGCGACGAAGAAAACUGCUCUGCAUAUAUGAGAUGUGAUUUUGAGGAUGGAUUCUGCAACCUCACCCAAAGUUCUGACACUCUCUCUGAAUGGGUCAGAGCAACUGAGGCUGCAGGACUCAGACACGACCACACCAACACCUCAGCACAUUUUCUGUCUCUAUUUCCUGUCGGAGGAAACAGAACCACUGCAGAACUGUGCAGUCCAAUCUUCCUGCCCAGUUAUACUUGUCAGAUGAGUUUCUACCAAUAUGUUGGGGCAACACAUGGAGGUAUUCAGGUUCUGCUUCAGCCUCAUCCAGCAGGUCAGACCACUGUAGUCUGGAAAAGCUCCACACAGCUGCAGGCAGGAGCAUGGCUGCGGACCAUAAUUAACUUCUCCAGCAAUUACAGUUUUCAGGUGGUAAUUCGAGGGGAACUUUCAGCCAACAGUGAAACCUCUGAGGUCUUGACCAUUGAUGAUUUGUCCUUUGGUCCUGGCUGCCUAGUUUUACCUGAGAGCGGCGCUCCCCCUCCACCUCCCUGCCCUCCCUCGUGGUUUCACUGUGGUGAAGGGGAGUGUGUCGAGGAAAGCAAAGUGUGUGACUUCACCCCACAUUGUUCCAGUGGAGAUGACGAAGCCAACUGCCCCUCUGAAUGUGACUUUGAGAGUGGUUUAUGCGGCUGGUAUGAGCUCACCCCUGGCGACGGCUUUGACUGGACUAGAGGAUCAUCCAUGGAGGUGCCUCCAGACUACUACGAUCACCCUCCUCUACCAGACCACUCUACUAACAGCACCCAAGGUCGUUUCAUGUUUAUACUGAAGAACAGCAGCAGUUUGUAUCCAAACGCUAUCCUCCGAGGGCCCUGGUUCCAGCAGUCAGCCUCUGGGUGCACCAUGACCUUCUGGCAUUAUAACUCAGGCAUAUCUAUAGGGGCUGCCGACAUGUACCUUCGUUUUAACGAAGUUCAAAACAACACGGUCAUAUGGACGACGCUGUACGACCAAGGAAGGCGCUGGAAUCAGGUCACCGUUCAGCUGGGUCGCAUCACUCAACCCUUCCAGAUUGCUUUGGCUAAAAUCAGCCUCGGCGUGUUUGAUGGCAUUUCCGCUUUCGAUGAUGUUUCCUUCAGGAAUUGCGCAAUGCUGCCGGCAGUGGCGGUGUGUCCCACGGACACACAUUUCCACUGCGUGCGCACCAAAGUGUGCGUAGAUCAUCUGCAGCUCUGUGACCUUGUGGACGACUGUGGAGAUGGAUCGGAUGAAGAAGGAUGCUCUCCAGAACUUCAGUGUGACUUUGAAGACGGGCUGUGCAACUGGAAACAAGAAACAAAAGGAGAUGAGUUUGACUGGACUCGCAUUAGUGGCCCAACUCCAACCCUAAACACAGGCCCUUGGAAGGACCACACAUUGGGCACCAGGUACGGCCACUACCUUUACAUCGAGUCCUCAUCUCCACAGGAGUUUAAAGACACAGCUGUGCUGUUGAGCCCAAUCUUUAAACCCACCUACCAGCCUGGAAAGGACCCAGCCUUGUCCCACCACAACCACUGUGUUUUCCGCUUCCAUUACUGCAUGUUUGGGUCGCAUGUGUUCAGCCUGGCUGUGUAUCUGAGGACCUCAGCUACAGGCAGAGGUCCCCUCCUCUGGGCAAAAUAUGGAAACCAGGGGAACCUUUGGCACAGGAAGACUCUGUACCUCCACAGUGCUCAGCCUUUCCAGAUUUUAAUUGAAGGCACAGUUGGAGAUGAUUUUAAAGGCGACGUCGCUGUUGACGACCUUUCUUUUCUGGACUGUGAGGCAAUAGAUGGCGAACUUCCCACACUGAUCACCCCAGCAAUGACCACCCCAGCCCCCACUGCUCUGCCCCACAGCUGUCCUGAAGGGGAGUUUGUGUGUGGAGCAUACAGGGAGUGCGUUGACCUCAGCCAAGUGUGUGACUUCAAACAUGACUGCUCUGAUGGAUCAGAUGAAUCAAACUGCGUAAAGGAAAGAUGUGAUUUUGAAGGAGGCGAUACAUGCGGUUGGACAGUCUUCAACCUUUCUUUAGUCCCGAACCAUGCCUUCCACUGGGCGGCCGACCAGGGAGAAACUAUUCACGAUGGAGAGCAGAACCACCGUCCUAAAAAUGAUCACACCUUAAACAGCCCUGAGGGGUGGUAUAUGUGUGCAGACAGUUCAAAUGGUGGCUACGGUCAAAUUUCUGACCUUCAAACACCCGUCAUCCCUUUCACUGGGCCACACUGCACCCUGGUCUUCUGGUACCACAUGAGUGGAUUCACAGUUGGAACGCUUCAGGUGCUGCUAAGGCACAAAAACUCCACUCGUGCGGUUUGGUCUCAGAAUGGUAACCAAAGCAACAAAUGGAGAAGAGGAGAAGUGUUUCUGGGGUUAACGAGCAGUAUCCAGGUUACUGUCAUGACUACUACUAUACUUGAUUAUUAUUACAACUGCUGCUACUACUCCUACUACUACUACUACACUUUAUUUAUUGGGUUUUGUCCUCCAGGUUCCAUGCUUUGUGAAAAAGGCAACUGUUUCACACCAGAGCAGAGCUGUGACUUCACAGAUGAUUGUGGAGACGGCACGGAUGAAAAGGACUGCGGGACGACCUGCUCUUUUGAGAACGGUCGAUGUGGCUGGAAGACCUCGCUGGCUGAUAAUUUUGACUGGACGCUUGGCACCGGAUCGGUCCAAGGCAUACGACCUCCAUACGAUCACACCCUGAUGAAUGAAAACGGUCACUUUGUUUAUCUGGAAGCAACGCCACUGGGACUAAAAGGUGAUAAAGCUCAUAUCAGGAGCUCUGUUUGGAAAGAGUCCAGCACCCUCUGUAAACUCUCCUUCUGGUACUACAUUUCCCAAAAGGCCUCGGGGACCAUCCGGCUGCUGAUCAAGACAGAGAACAACUUAAUGGAGAUGUGGAAUAAAACGGGGCAUCAGGGAAACAAGUGGAACCGAGCAGAAGUCCCACUGAGGAAGCUCAGGAACUUCGAGGUGAUAUUUGAGGGAAUCCGCUCCUUUGACGUGAGCGGAGGAGCCGCACUGGACGACCUGGAGUUUAUCGACUGUGCUCCAAGUGCUGUGGAGCCAGGGAAUUGUCCUGCAGUCACAGACUUUGUGUGCCACAGCAGCGGCUGCAUCGAGUCCCACCUGGUGUGCGAUAUCAAGGCCGACUGUGCUGAUGAGUCGGAUGAGAUGGACUGCGAGCACAUAUUUGACUCACCAGGUGCUUGUGACUUCAACAUGGAGGAGGAGAGCUGGGAGGAAAGCUGUCAGCUCUUCCAAGACUCUGACGAUGACUUUGAUUGGAGGAUCGGAUGCAAAACAGAGACACCCGGUGCUGGACCUCACACCGACCACAGUCCAGGCGGUGGGGGGAACUUCCUGUACAUACAUUCGGCCCCUCAGAGGGAAGGUGAUGUUGCCAAGGUGACAACCAGAAAUCCAUUUCCUGCCAGCAUUGGUCUGUGUCACCUGCGCUUUUGGUUCUUCAUGCACGGCUCUGACAGGAUGGGAACACUAAAGGUCUACACUGUUGGACCCAGCGGCACGCGUUUGCUGAUGUGGGCAUCUGCUGGAAACCAUGGCAACCGGUGGGCAUACGCCAACGUCAUCCUGUCAAACACGGCGCCGUUCAGAGUGACCUUUCAGGCGGAGGUGGGAGGAGACAUGUGGACAGACAUCGCCCUGGACGACAUCUCAUAUACAGCAGAGUGUAUGGUUGGAGGACCCGUUACUCCACAGCCCCUGACCUGUGGCGUGGACCAGUUCCAGUGUCGGUAUUCCUUCCAGUGCAUCCCAAAGAGCUGGUGGUGUGAUGAAGAGCCGGACUGUACAGAUCAUUCUGAUGAAGAGCACUGCCCGACUGCGUUACCUGGAACUCUUCCACCACAGGGUCGCUGUCCUGUGGGUCAUUAUCAGUGUUCAGACCAUCAGUGCAUCCCCUCCAUACUGCGCUGCGAUGGCGUCCUCGACUGCCCCGACGGAGAGGAUGAACACGGCUGCCCUCUGCUACAGUGUGAGCCGGGGGAGCUCGUGUGUGAAAGUUUGCCUGGUUGUAUCCCACUUCAGAAGCGAUGCGAUCACUCUACCGACUGUCUGCCAUUCCACUCAGACGAGUCCAGCUGCCAUGAAUGCCCACCGAUGUAUUGCCUGAAUCAUGGUUCAUGCCUUACAGAGAGACAUGGACCUGUUUGCGUAUGUUUACCAGAAUGGACAGGGAAUCGAUGCCACGUGAAGAAGAAACCAUCUCUUGUUACCUCAUCUCCAACUCCAGAGGACACGCGCCUGGAUUCGGUGUAUGCUAGCAUCGGCAUUGGUUUGGUGCUGCUUUCAGCUGGAGUUGCCGUGUGCUUUCUUGCUCUGUGCAAGAAAAAAAGCAUUUUUACAAAGCCUGAUCCAAUGAAAUAUGGGGUGAUGGAUGAUCCAGACGCUGCCUGGAAAGCAGAGUUCCCAACGGCGGACCAAAGAAAAGCUGGCUGUCCUGGCAUUAACCCAAAGAUAAGUGAUGGUCAUGGGCUUCCCAUCAGCGUUUACCCCUGGAGAAGAGAUCAGGAGGGUUCAAACUGGAAAGAUGACAAGCUGUCCUUCUCCAACCCAUUGUACAAUUACCCUCCUGGUGUUGAAGGUGCUGACAACAGAAGCUCUGACGCAUAAAAUCUAUGGAUUUUAGAUCCAUUUUUGGAGAUGUUUCUGAAGAUAACACAAAGCGAGAGUGAGACCAAACAAACGUCUGUCGACCAAAGGUUAGACCUUCCAAAAAAGGAAUACAAGCAAAUGAGUUAAACUAUCUGAUUUCAAGUCUGCAAAGAUGGUGAAAUAUUACUUGAAAGGCAUUUUUUGUUCAAAAGUUGUAAAAGAAGUGAAAAAUUAA